UGAAGGGGAAAGAAGCACAUCUGCAGUGAAAAGAAGCAGAGUUCAUGGACAGCAGGAUGGUGGCCUGUGGAACUCAGAUGUUGCUGUGCCUUCUAGCUACUGUUGUCCUGCCAUCUGAGUGGCUUUUGCUGGGAGUUGUUGCUCAAACAACAGCAGGGCCUCUGGAAUCACCCACAGAUCCAGACAAUGACUUAGUUGAUAGUGGUCCAACAACAUCUCCUGAAUGCCGUGAAGAGCAGUUUCCUUGCACACGUCUAUACUCUGUUCACAAGCCUGUGAAGCAGUGCAUCAGUUAUUUGUGUGUCACAAGUGUCCGUCGGGCAUACAUAAUAAACAAGGAGAUCUGCUCUCGUAUUGUUUGCAAAGAAGAUGAAGCCAUGCAAGAGGAGAUUUGCCGCCAGCUGGCUGGCCUGCCACCACGCCGCCUACGCCGUUCUAAUGAACCUCGAGGACCAUCCUGUCGACAAGCAAAGGGCCAAUCUCAGAACACGCUUGAUUCUCAGUGAUCAGGAAGCUGUAGGAAUGAGAUGGACAAAGAAGAACUGAGUUCAUACUGGAAACCCAUUCCAAAUUUACCUUUUCACACACAAUUCCUGUCUCAAAGGGUGCUUCACUAGCACAGGGACCUUUCAUAUCAAUAGGUCAUCUUUGAGAUGUUAGUACUUAGACCCUCCUGUGCACCUGCUUCUAGGUUAUUUUAACCUUGGACUCCUUAUAUAAGUCCUACCCAAAACCCACCUUAAAAUACAAAUACAAAAUACUUGUUUUUUCAGUGACUUCCCACCCAGUUUAGAACUAGCUUGUCUACAGAAAAUUGCAGAUAAUUAAUAUAAUUUGUAUGGAUGAUGCACUUAUACUCUAUUCUUUAUAGGGUUUGUUUGUUACUCUGAAAAAUUAAGGAUAAUAACCAUAUAUUGAAUUUACCACUUGUAUAUCUUAUAUACCUACUUGAAGAGGAGACACUGAAACUAUAGAAUCAUAGAAAGUAAGGAUCCAUAUAGACCAGGGAUGUCAAAGUUCAAGGCCCCGGGGCCAGAUCCAGCCCACAGGGUGCUUAGAUCUGGCCCAUGGGGCUACCCUAGAAACAGUGAAGGACUGGUCCAUGGUGCCUCUGCAAGUGAAAAUGGAGCUUACAAGGGCUGCCCAUGGCUCUCCCGAGCUCCAUUUCCACUGACAGAGGGUAGCAGGAGUCCGUUGCAGCUGAAAAUGGAGCUCAAAAGCCCAUUUUCUCUGGUAGAGCUCUCGGGCCAUCACAUGUGCCCCUUACACAAGUGAUGUUGAGCUGGCCACACCCAUCCUGGUCAUGCCUACUCUGGCCCCCCAAGGUCAAACACAACCCUGAUGCGGCCCUCAAUGAAAUUGAGUUUGACACCCCAAUAUAGACCACCUAGUACAGGCAUCCACUACUAUAGCAUCCCUGAUAUAAACACUCUGUAUAAACACUUCCAUUAAGAAGAAGUUACUAUUUCCUGAGGCCAUUUGAUCUACUCACUUCUAGGAUAUUUUGUCUUAACAUCCAAUCAGAAGCUACUUCAUUUAUCUAACUAUUUUUAGUUCUGUAUUUUGGAUCAACUUUGAAAAGAUUCUACAUAACAGCAGUCAUUCAGAUGUUUGAACAGCUACCAUGUCUGUCUAAUCUUCUCCAAGUGAAAUAUAUCAGACACUUUCAACUACUUCUUGUAAAGUUUUCCUCCAGGCCCUAAUCAUCUGAUUGUUCUCCUCUAGACUUGCCAGUGUGACUGUCAGUGUGACAGUCAGUGUGAUUGUCUUUCCUAAGACAUACCGGUAGUACCCAGAACAGGAUGCAACAUUUUGUAUAAAAUCUGAAAGAAAGAACUUUUUUAUAUGUCUUUCCUAAGACAUACCCCGGUAGUACCCAGAACAGGAUGCAACAUUUUGUAUAAAAUCUGAAAGAAAGAACUUUUUUAUUAAACCUCUGCUUACUCCUCAUAUUUACUCCUCAAUAUAUGGAUAACAUAACAAAGUGGUUUCCUUAUAUGUCUUCUGAAGCUGCUUCAACAAGGGUCAGCAAUAAGCAUUGCUCAUAGUUGACAAUUAGCUUUAGUCACCAACACAAUGGCAAUCAGUAGUAAUCAGAAAUCUCUCCCUCUCCUUGGCCCUUUCUCUCUUCUGCUUAUGCUCUUCUGCAGUCUAUUUCAACUUUCUCUGCCAAAUUCCCAUUGCUCUCCAUCUCCUCUCAUAGCUCAUUACAUAUUCUAUAAACUUAUCACUGGCUUUGUGUGAGAAGAAAAUUCUGCUUCUCUCAGAAUGAGAUGUAGAUGGGGGUGAAAUAUAUUGAGAAUUGUCAACUAAAUACUUAUACUGCUAUUGCAGUGGGAAGGAGGGACAUUACUUAAAUAUCUAUCUCUGUUUCAUAAAUCUUGUUCACUGCUCCACAGCAAGGAGACUGAGAAUAUAACAUUGCAGGCUGAGAACCUAAACUUAUGUUAGGUUUAGAUUAGAAAGGCCCAAUCAAACAGCAGAAUUAGGAAUAAAUUCUAGUGUUCUAAAAGGCAACUUUGGAUCGUCUCUCACUGCUUCAGAUUCUAAAACUACCAUUCUAUGGCUGCAUCUAGAAAUAACUUUGUUCUAAGUGUGAUGGAAUCUGAUAUUCGAAAUAUCUCCAUUCCUUGAUUUUGCCCAUUCUCUUUAGUCCAUCCUAAAUGCAUACUUGAGACUGGUUUUCUAUUCCCCAGCCAAUUAAUUGAUGGCUAUCACAUAACAUUUUGAUUCUUAAUGCUGUGCCAAAAUUACUGCUAUCCAACGGGCAACUAUUAUUUAAAUUUUAAAUCAAAGUGAAGUUGCACUGGAGACAGGAAAGAGACAAAAGCAAAUGAUAGAAGAAUUGAGAGAAAAAUAUUAGGAUACUUGAAUAUAUAGUUAUAUUUGAUUGUUCACUAGGAUUCCAAAGAUCUCUCUCAAAGUUACUGCUAUUAACCCAGGUAACCCUAAUUUAUGCUUGUUCAUUUGGUUUUUCUUGCAUAAGUAUAAAACAUUACUUUUCCUUCCAUUGAAUUUCAUUUUGGCAGAUAGGGCACACCAGGCUCUGUGUUCAAGUCUUUCGAGAUCCAUUGAUGCAGAUGACACUAAACUUGCAGGAAUAGCCAACACCUCAGAUCCAAAUGGAUCUCGACAGACUUGAAUAUUGGGCCCUAUCUACAGUAACAAAAUGAAAUUCAAUAGUGAGAAAAUAAGGUUGUACAUCUAGGCAAA